AUGAGCUUCGCCAGGCCAGCGAGAUGCGUGUUCUGCAGCUUCUCCCGAGCUGCCACGCAAAGCACGCGAGUCCCCCGGCGCCAGUUCCACCCUUCGCUUCCGCAACUCAACGACCGUCCCAAACCCGGCGGUCCCGUCAUCAAGGCUCUUGGGAAGUCCGCUACAAGCUCUGCGAAAGCAACGGACUUCAAGCCCUACACGGAGGAAGAGAAGGCUCACCUGGCCAAGGAGUAUUCGGCAGCGCAAUUGGAAGCUGUCGAGGCUGGCGAGGCUGCCAUUGAUCCCAAAGACUUGGCUGAGCAGUUGAACGAACGUGACGACCCCUUAAAACUCAACUACGUGGACGACUUCUCCGUGAUCGAGCCCGGCAUCGACCGACACGUAAGAUCGCCUCAGUCGAAUUCGGAUUAUAACUUUAAGUUCAAGAGCGAAGAUGACUUUGUUAAAGAUUUUGGUCGCUUCUUCGCCGAACUGCCGGACGAUGCGACAGGCGCAGACUUUGCCAAGUUUGCGGACGAAUUACGCUUGACCCAUGGAAAGGAGGAAAAUGAGUUGAACUCCCACAGCGCUCUUGUUCCCGAUCUGUUCGGCCCCGGGGAGACCCUUGACGAGCCUCGUGCGGAAGAGCGAAAGUCUGCGGCGGAGAAGGGCGAAAAGGAGCGAUCACUAGAAGCCGAGGAGAUGACGGAUGCUCUCAGGAGCCUCCUCCUCGCCACUGGUUACACUGCAGACCAGGUGCGCGACUUCCGGUUAAAGACCCUGGUCUCCCACUCUGUCGUGAACCAAACUCGUCUGGGUAAAGUUCGCCGUGCCUACCGUCUGUCCAUUGCCGGUAACGGCAACGGUCUUUUGGGUAUCGGCGAGGGAAAGUCUGAGGAGGCCUCCGACGCUAAGACUCAGUCUCAAUACCGGGCCAUCCGCAACAUGCAGCCUGUUCCUCGGUAUGAGAACCGCACCAUCUUCGGUGAUGUGACUGGUAAGGUUGGAGCCGUCUCACUGCAAUUGAUGCACCGUCCUCCAGGCUUCGGUCUCCGAGUGCAGCACCUCAUUUAUGAGAUGUGCCGCGCUGCCGGUAUUCACGACCUUGCUGCGCGAGUUAGCCGGUCUCGCAACAAGAUGAACACUGUCAAGGCUGCGUACGAGGCCCUCAUGAGCCAACGCGACCCCGAAGAGAUCGCCCGUGCUCGUGGUCGGAAAAUGGUCGACGUGCGCAAGGUCUACUAUGCUGGAAAGGUUUAG